GGCGAGUGGACGCGAGCGGCUCCGGGUUCCCAGUCGCCCCGGCGGCAACGAGGAGGCUGCGAGGGCAGCGGGGAAGUCGCGGCGGCGGCGGCUGCGUUGCGCGGCUGGAUGGGAAGCGGUCGCGGCGAGAGUGGCUGCCGUGGCGGCGGGCAUGGGGGAGCAGCUCAGCACAGAGAGCGCCCCGCCGGAGCCAGCCGCCGCCACUGAGCCGCCUCUGCCGGCCGCGGAAGCUCUGCAACAGCAGCAGCAACCGGGGCAGAGCGGAAAGGCAUCCGGGCCACAGCCGGAGGAGGACGCCGGAGCGCCGCCGCCUGCUGAACCGCAAGGCCAGGAGACGGAGGACGGCCUCGGGGGUUCCCCGGAGGAAAGACCCGGCUCGGAAGAUGAUAUCAGCGACAGCCGCCGGUUUCCCUUGAGGCCCGUCUGCUGCACCGUCUACUGCGUGGAGAGCGACCGGAGGCCCGCGGCCCCGCUUGAGUCUCCGCUGUCGCCGGUCGAGGAAGGGGCGGAGACCCUCCCCACAACCACCCCGCCGCCCUCUCUGCGAAGAGGGGGGAGAGGCGGAGGCAUCGAGGUAGACUUGUACCUUCUGCCCGAGCCUUUCUCGGGGCUGAUCUCUGGGGACUUCGGGCCCUUGCUGGUGCUGACCUGCCGCGUGUGUCUGGAGGAGAAACCCCUCAAGCCCCUGCCUUGCUGCAAGAAGCCCGUCUGCGAAGAGUGCCUGAAGCGCUAUCUCAGCUCCCAAGUGCAGGUGGGACAAGCAGACAUCCAGUGUCCAAUAACCGAAUGCAGUGAACAUUUGGAUGAAACAACUGUCCUCUUCAACUUGCCACAUGAUGACAUCAUCAAGUAUAAAUACUUCCUGGAACUUGGCCGUAUUGGCUCAAGCACCAAGCCAUGCCCUCAAUGCAAGCACUUUACAACCUUCAGAAAGAGAGGCCACAUUCCAACCCCUACCAAAAUGGAGAACAAAUACAAAAUUCAAUGCCCAUCUUGCCAAUUUGUGUGGUGUUUUAAGUGCCACUCUCCCUGGCAUGAAGGUGUCAACUGCAAAGAGUACAAAAAGGGAGACAAGCUGUUGCGUCACUGGGCCAGUGAAAUUGAACAUGGGCAGAGAAAUGCUCAGAAGUGCCCAAAGUGCAAGAUCCACAUCCAGAGAACAGAAGGAUGUGACCACAUGACUUGUUCACAAUGUAAUACUAAUUUCUGUUACCGCUGUGGAGAAAGGUAUCGCCAACUCCGUUUCUUUGGAAAUCACACAUCAAACCUCAGUAUAUUUGGAUGCAAAUACCGCUACCUCCCUGAGAGACCACAUUUAAGGAGAUUAGUGCGAGGCUCUGUCUGUGGUGGAAAAUUACUUAUUGCACCACUGUUACUGGUUUUGGGGCUAGUGAUGGGAGUCAUAGCUGUUAUAAUAGGUUUAUUUGUGUUUCCUAUCUAUUGCCUUUGCAAGAAGAAGAGGAAAAGGCCACAAACAGAAAUGCCUUGGUAUGAGUGAGCAUAAAUUGAAUGGAGGUGAUCGUACAAGGCUUAUGCAAAAUGUGUGCAACACAGCAAUAUUGUGCUGGUUAACUGUCUUGAAGCUGUAGCCCUGGCAGAAACUUAAGGGACAUCUACUGAGUUCUCUGUAUACAAUAAUACACUACUGAAGACGGGCCAGAAUGCUUCUCUGCUUUGGUGCCUCUGAAGAAAUGGAGGCUUCUCAACUUUUUGAAAGGCUUUUAAAUAAUAAAAUUUGAAUUUAUAUAGCGCUUUAGUGCUUAAGGCGCUUUCCACACAAGAUCUUAUAAUUCUUACAGUGUCGGCCAGUAUUAUUCCCUUGUUGCAGAUAGAGGCUGAAGCUGAGAGAGGGUGGCUUGCAUAAAGCCACUUGGGAGUUUAUGGCAGAGAUAAGAUGUGAAAAGGGGACCUUUUAGAUUACAGCUCAUUCUCUUAGUCACUACAUUACACCAGCUCCCAUUUUAUUUUUUAAGCUUUCAGAUCAACUUCACUUUCUUGGCCAGCCUAUGUCUCUGUUGUAGCUGCACAUCUGGUGAUAGGUCUAUGAAAGGAGCAUUUAAUUUGGCCACACACAGUUGAAAUUAUUGAUGUAUUUUUCAGCCUUCUAAGAGAAACAUUUAAAUGCAAGUUGCACAAAGAUAUCUUUUUUUUGUUUUAGAUACCAUCAUAUAUACAUACAGUAGGUUAAAUUUAACAUGGUUCACAGGUCUGUGUAACAUGGUUCACAUACUGCCAGGUCCUGGACUUGGAAUUCAGUGGACAAGGCCAUUGACCUGUGGAGCUUGUAGUUUGAAGGUGGUUACCACCUUGAAACAGCUACUGCUGGAGGGACUGGAGGAAAGGUAAGCUAAGCUAAAACCAUCCCUGAGCUGUGAGUUUUGCGCCAGUGAUGGAAGUAAAGGGCCCAUUCACUCCAACAACCACUCACCCCUUUCUGCAGUUUCUGUGCUCUCAUCUCAGUGCACCUGGAUAGCUGCCAGGAGGAAGGCAAGCUGGCUGUAGAGAUAAAACAAUUAUCACUGCCUUGGUAGCCACCCAGGGAAAAAACCACAGUUGGGUGGAGUGGUGGUUUUCUGCAUGAGGCACAACAGCUCAGGUGAGCAGGUGAGAUUUCCCAGCAGCAUGAAGGAGAGUAAGAUGACCAUGCAGAAAGAAGAGAGCAGAAGAAAGAAGAAAGGGAAGUAAUGGGUGCACUUGCUGCUAGCAAAGAGAGUCUUCACAAUGCUGCUGGCUGGCUCAGAGCACUUACGCAGUGGGAAGCCUGAGUGCUCUUUACUUCCCUCACUAUCUUCUCGGCCUUCUCGCUCUCACCUAAGCUGUGAGCCUCAGGCCAGGGAGAGAGAGAGAAGAUAGAGGAAUAAAGGGCACACAGGCUUCUCAUUACAGAAACCACCUCUGAGCCAGCCAACAGCACUCAUCACACGCGGAGUGCUCAUGGCCUAAUUUAGGUCCCUGUAAUGGGAAGCCUGGGUGCUCUUUGUCUUCCCAGCAUGUUUCAGAGCAGGCUCCGACAGCUGCUGGCCAGAUAUGAGCAAGAGAAAAAACAGGCACAUUAUCUAUCUGUCCUUUACAGAGCCCAUGUACAGCAGUCAUGUGGAUCUUUUGUUUGAUGGUAAUUGCAAAUAUGGCUGUUCUGAGCCAUGGAGUAAGAAUAACAAGUUUAGAGACCAGUAAAGUUCAGUCAAAGACAUUGAAAUGAGUUAGGGAAAGUGGUAAAAACUACAAAUAUUGUAGUAUUGCGGCAUCAUAUGCUUAGCAAAUAAGAAUGUGGCCAAAAUUAGGGCAAAUGCAUGAAGUUGAAUAUCAUUUGGAAUAUAUUCCAAACUAUAUAGUUAUGUGCAAUUGGGGAAAACAGCAAUUUGCCCUGAGACAAUCCAGAAAUUCACUGUUCCUGCACUGUGUAACUGCAUCAGUACACGCCAAGUAGGCUUUUCUAGGUUUUUCCUUGGAAAAUUAAGGUGUAUUCAUAUUUCAGUAUUGAGUGCAGUACAGUGUCAUUUGAAACAAACGCCAAUUGGUAAUGAUCUUCACAGGGCUUCAUAGUGGUCCUUGAGAAUAGCAUACCUGCCAUCAUGUAAUAACUUUUCUGACAUUCAUAAUUCAUUAGCAUAAAAAGGUUUACAGAUAUUUAUUAAAUUGGCCAGCUUAUGCAUAGUGUCUUUCAUAUGCUGCUGAGUAUGUGAGCUUCCAGUUCCUGAGCCAGGUAGCCUGGUACAGGUGACCCCACCCCUACCCCAAUAUGUUGACUCACUGCACAAGGAGGAAGAGUGGGCAUGAGUAUGCUGGCUGUGUCCUCUCUUCUAUAUGAUUGGUCAUCUGCAGAGUGCAACUGCACAGAGAAGUUGGUCAUAAGUGCACACCCUUGCCAUCAUCAUCAGUGUUCUGAAAGCAGCAUUGCUGAUCAUGGGGAAGGGAUGUCAUGUGACCACUUCCUCUGUAUAGUUGCACUCUGCAGAUGACCAGGCAAUUAUGUGGAUGUAGGAGGCAGGGCCAGAACACUUGUUCCCACUUCCUCCUUGCUCUGUUCAGAGGGGUUGCCUGUAUCAGGCUACUCUCUACUGUGUCAUAGAUAUCAUUGCUGGACUGAGUACCUAAAAUUGGCCCACAGAUACAUUGCAUGUUAUCAGUUGCAUUAAAAUGCCAUCUCUGAAAUUUUAUUCUCUUAAAGGACUGUCAGUCUGAUAAAAUUCAGAUACAUUUUGAAUGGAGGAAAAAUUAUCUAGUGGUCUUUGUUCUUUUUCUUGAUUUUUUAAAAUUAAUAAGUUAUGAUAGGUUAAUGAUAUCUUUCUCUGGAAUACAAGACAAAUGUCAGAUAUUUGAUUUCAAGUUAAGAAUAAGGAGAAUCAAUCUGGACCUUAAAAAAACUACUGUCACCGUUAUUAAUUCUAAUAUAAAACAGAAAGCAGAUGAAAGAAGACUCACACUAAGGAAUUGUCAAAGUAGUUAUCGGAACAAAAAUCAAAUCACAUGAUAAAGAUUUUAGAAGAACAUGGUAUAUAUUGUUAAAAAGGAGUUUAAAAAGUCCUUGCUCUGCAAUCUUCAGUUGGUUGUAAACCUAAAGUUCCAUGUGUUGCAAAUUAAAAUGCAACUUUUUGCUGUUCAGUCGACGUUGUACUGUAAAAAUAUUUCAGCACAUCAUUACUGAAGCAGUUUGUUAAUCAUAUAAAACAAUCCAUAGUGCAUUUUAUGGUUUGAUCUUUGGGACCUCGGAUCUUACAACUAGCAGAGCAUUUUGUUUGCCUGGUAAUAUGUCAGCCUUAUGUUUGGGUUUAAUAUGUUAGUUUCCACCAGCUUGCUGUUUUCUCCCAAUAAUAAUUAAAUUUACCAUUGUUUCGUCUAAUACAGUUAAAUUGUUCUCAGUGAAGUCCAAAAACCUAGCAUCUGGUUAGAACCUAAAUAAGAUUUCGAAGUUGAGUUGUUCCAUUUACAAUUUCUACACACUAUGCUAUUAUAUGUGUUUUAGUUUACAUUAAGUAUGUUUCUCUGUCACUGUACUAUCCAAGUUGACUACUGCCUUAAAUCUUUUAAAAGAUUGUAUACUUUUGCCUAAUACCAGAUAUUGUGUGUUUCUCAGGCCAAACUUGUGCAUUGUCUUUGGUUUACUCAGGGAUUUUAGUCCUUCAUUAAAAUGUCAAAUACUUUUCUGAAGAAAAAUUUCUAAUAUUUAGGACAUUCAAGCAUCAGAGUUAUAUCAUGAAAUUUGGUGUUUGGCAUGCAGGUUGUAUUAAAGCAGUGUCAAAACAUCUUUUUGAUUUAAAACACCUGAUGUACUACUUGUGGCUUUCCUACAAUUUUGCUGUUGUUGUUUUCUAUACACAUCUGAAAUAUGCUUGCAGUAUAUAAUCCUUGGAACCAGCCCAGAGAUGUUCAUCUGCAGCAGCCAUCAAGUUGCAUCCAGAGAUAUUUCUUUAUCUUAACAGGUGGCCAGAACAUCAGAAGUUUCUUGACUGUCACAGUCACUUUUUGAUUUCUUCUUUUUUAGAACCAUAGGUACCCCUUUCCUCAAACAGGAGAUAUGAACAUCGAGCUAACAAAGCCAUCUGUAUCUUCAUUGAUAUAGAUGCAGGGGUAAGGGACUCCAUAUGGUAUAGAUGGUAGGAACAGGUUUCUUUUCCAUGCAGUGCUUGUUUAUGUGCAUGGGAAACCACAUCCAGAAGGACAGUCUGCACAUGGAAGCUUGUUUCUCCAAGUGCAUCAUUCUUGGUAGAUAAAUGUGUUCUGCUUUUUAAAAUUUAUGGACAUUUGCAAUAACUCUGGCUGUUAUUUCAGAUAUGAAAAUGACUUGUAUUAGGGUGAUUGAAAGGCAUGACAAGAUAGAACAAACCCAGGUGUACUAUAGAGAAUGCCAAGUUAAGACAACUCUUUUUCACUGAAGUAUAACACAAAACAUGCCACUUCUACACAUUAAAUACAUAACAGUCAAAUCAUGUUGCCAUCUCUCUUUUAGUUUAUUUAGGCUUAAUUGAUUUCAUGAUCUCAGGAAGUAUGUUUUAUAUUCCUUUUUCCAUUGACUGGUAUCUGAAAAUGGAGUAUUGAUAGACAUUAUUGUAGCAGAAAGCAAGAGAUUAGAAUGCUGCUUUGCUGUCUUCUUUUGUAAGCCUUCCUUUUUAAUAACUCUUCUAAAACGUUCUUAAAUUAGCUUUAACAGUACAUCAGUGAAAAUGCUAAUUGAGCAACCAUGAACUGUGUACUAAAACUUAUACAAAAUUUGAAUUGUUCUGAAAAAGCUCUUGCAUUUUACAAGCCAUUAUCUGAUUUGCUUUAUAUAACGCUAUCCUAUUCUGUAUCUUUUAUGUAUAAUUUUAAAGAGUAACUUAGUCCCAGUUGCAAUGCAAAAUGUAUGUCUGCCUCUAUUCAUACAUCACUCAGAUUAAGGGAAUAUACCUCCCUCUUCCCCUUGGUCUUUGUUUCAUAUAUAUAAUGUAUAUCAUACUAAAACAAAAUUAAAAUAUACCUUGAAAUAGUUUCAAGAUCUCCUUUUAGGACAAUUUCUAUUUAACAGUGCUAAAUAGUGAACGCUGAGCACUUUGGUCACAAAUUAGCAUUUAUAUGGUAUAUAAAAAUAAAUUGUUUAGUUUUGUGACUUCUGCGCAAUCUCAUAUUGGGACAGAGAAGAUUUCCAGAGCUCUCUAGAAGACUAAAAGCGCUUCUUCCUUUGGUACUUUCCUGCCAAAAAUGUGACAUGACCAGGAGGAGGGUCACUAUUCCCUCGGUUCUCUUUUUGCGGCCCCCAGAGAGAGGAUCUGCAUUGCUGUUUUCUGCUUUCCCCUCACUUCAUCCUUCAGACUGAGGAGAGAAGUUUUAAACCAAUGCUUGUUCAAUUGAAGAAUAAAACUAUAUUUAAAGAAGAAAGGUUUCUGUCCCUUCAGCAUUAUGGCUCAAGAGUAGGUUCUUCAAGAUACUGGGAAACACCAGCCUGAUUAAAGGUACCUGCUCCCUCCCAGGCACCCUUGAUUACCAAGGGCAUAGUCCAUAGGUGUAGCCUGUCAGAGCCUCCUCACAGUGGCUCUUUUCAAGUCUGCAGUGGUGCACCAUCCUGAUUAAAGGCCCCUGUACCCUCAGUUCCUAAGAGAGAAAGCUGGAAAUGUAGCCUGACAGAGCCCUGGGUUCCAACGCUCUUUCCCAAAGGCUUUGGCUGCCUGCCAGCCUGAAUAACAGCCCCUCCACUCCCCUUGGCUGUGUCAGCUCUGAGGGGAGACAUCUGGAGGUGUAACUUAACUGAGUCAGUGGAUCCAAACCUGACAGCCUUUCCCCCCAAGGCCUUUAGAAAUGUACCUGCCUGACUCAAGGAAUCCCUUCUCCUCUGAGGCUGUCUUUGAUUCCAAAAUGCAGUUCCUGGAGGCAAGGGUACAUACAGCUAACAGUGACAUAACAUCCUGGAACUAUUAAUGCAAUGAUUAGGGCUCUUCAGCUGCUACUGUUUUAACAGAUGUUAAACCUGCAUCUCUAAGCCCAAUGGUUUUUAAAGACCUCCACCACCACCAUCUAUUCCAUGCAUGCCCACACACCCUUUUUCCUACCAGGGAAUUGUACUGGCACUUCCCAUGGUUCUCAAUCUCAUCGCUGUAAAAUUUAGUAAUCAUUUAGAAAUAAACACAAGGCCUAGGUCAGGCCUUCUGUAGCAGUCCAUGUUUUAACCUCACCCUGGGGCAUAAAGGGUAUUGGUUGAAGUGUUAUAAAUUGAGGCCACUGAACAUCUCCAAUAUCAGAUUGCAUCUUUGUAGAGUAAGAUAAAAAGCCCAGUGGCUUUCUAAGGACUAAUAUUUGUUUGAUACGACCUUUUGUAAGUUUGGUAAGUUUAGCUUACUCCAGAUAUCCGUGUGUUUCACAACCUAUGACAGAUUUCCUACAGUUCUUUUUUACAUUCGCGUUGUGGGAUCAAAAGACGCACAGACUUCCCCAUCUCUCUUCUUAAAGGAGGUCACCUGUCCUCCCAUUAAUUGAAGUAUUCACUUGAGAAUCCCCCCCCCUCCGAGAUAGAAAAAAGAUAUUAUUAUUGAGUGUUCUUUACUUGUUAAGGAGGAUGGAGGGAAAAGCUCAUUUUGGGUCCAGUUUAUCUAAUUUUGUGUAUUGUAGUCUUUACAAUUGUGCUUGGAUGACUUAUUCAUACAUAUCUCUGCCCUUCCUGCAGAGAGGCCCUCUGCUGUUGGGGGUGCAUACUGCUAGUGUCAGAAUUCCAACACCUUGUAUAUUUAUAAAAUGCACAACAACUAGGGUAUCCCACUUGAGGCUGCAAUAUAGGGUUUUUUUCCUGGGCCG